AUGGGCAAGAUCAUCUUCUACGAGGACAGAAACUUCCAGGGUCGCUCCUAUGAGUGCAUGAGCGACUGCUCUGAUAUGUCCACCUACCUGAGCAAGUGCAAUUCCUGCAGGGUGGAGAGCGGCUGCUUCAUGGUCUACGACCGCCCCAACUACAUGGGGAACCAGUAUUUCCUGAGGAGGGGAGAGUACUCUGACUACAAUACUCUUGGCAUGAGUGACUCUAUCCGAUCCUGCCGUUUAAUUCCUCAGCACAGGGGAUCCUACAGGAUGAGGAUCUAUGAGAGGGAGAACUUCCAGGGCAUGAGUCACGAGCUGAUGGAGGACUGUGACAAUAUCCAGGACCGCUACCGUAUGCCCGACUGCCAGUCCUGUAACGUGAUGGACGGCCACUGGCUGAUGUACGAGCAGCCCAACUUCAGAGGCAGGAUGAUGUACAUGAGGCCCGGAGAGUACAGGAGCAUGAGAGAUAUGGGAUACAGCGGCAUGAAGCUCAGCUCCGCCAGGCGUAUAAUGGAUUCCUGUUAA